CGGCACGGCGGGGUUCGACAGGGCUCGGCAAGGCAGCGCGGUCCCCGGAGCCGCAGGGAUGGCGCCCGCGGGGACCGAGGCCGCCCCGGCCCGCCGGUGAGGUGCCCCCCACCAGCCCCCCCGAGCCCCGAGCACGAUGAGCAAACUGACCUUCCACAACAACAGAGUCAUGCAGGACCGACGCAGCGUUUGCAUCUUCCUCCCCAACGACGACUCCCUCAACAUCAUCAUCAACGUGAAGAUUUUGUGCCACGAGUUACUGGUGCAGGUGUGUGACCUCCUGAGGCUGAAGGACUGUCACCUCUUCGGGCUCAGCGUCAUCCAGAACAAUGAGCACGUGUACAUGGACAUGGCCCAGAAACUCUACAAGUACUGCCCCAAGGAGUGGAAGAAGGAGGCCAGCAAGGGGAUCGACCAGUUUGGCCCCCCGAUGAUCAUCCACUUCCGAGUGCAGUACUAUGUGGAGAACGGGAGGCUGAUCAGUGACCGGACUGCACGUUAUUACUACUACUGGCACCUGCGGAAGCAGGUGCUGCAUUCCCAGUGUGUCCUGCGGGAAGAGGCCUAUUUCCUCCUCACCGCCUUCGCCCUCCAAGCCGACCUGGGAGACUUCAAGCGCAACAAGCACUACGGGAAGUACUUCGAGCCCGAAGCCUAUUUCCCUGCCUGGGUGGUUGCAAAGAGGGGCAAGGACUACAUCCUGAAGCACGUCCCCAACAUGCACAAAGACCAGUUUGCCCUGACGGCCUCUGAAGCCCAUCUCAAGUACAUCAAGGAGGCCGUCCGGCUCGACGACGUGCCCGUGCACUACUACAGGUUGUACAAGGACAAAAGGGAAGUGGAGGCCUCCCUGACGCUGGGGCUGACAACACGGGGCAUCCAGAUCUUCCAGAAUUUGGAUGAAGAAAAGCAGCUGCUCUACGACUUCCCGUGGACAAACGUGGGAAAACUGGUUUUUGUGGGCAAGAAGUUUGAGAUCCUGCCUGAUGGGCUGCCCUCUGCCAGGAAGCUCAUUUACUACACGGGGUGCCCGCUGCGCUCCCGGCACCUGCUGCAGCUGCUGAGCAGCAGCCACCGGCUCUACAUGAACCUGCAGCCCGUCCUGCGCCAGGUCCGGCGCCUGGAGGAGAACGAGGAGAAGAAGCAGUACCGGGAAUCCUACAUCAGCGAUACCCUGGACCUGGACAUGGAGCAGCUGGAGAAGCGCUCGCGCGCCAGCGGCAGCAGCGCCGGCAGCAUCCGGCACAAGCGGCUCUCCCGGCAUUCCACCGCCAGCCACAGCAGCUCCCACACCUCCGGCAUCGAGGCCGACCCCAAACCCAGGGAGAUGGGGCCCGACGACGGCUUC